AUGGCAGCUGGUACGACAGGGCUGUCUUCAGAGCAGAAGCGAAAAGUGAACAUGGUCCAUGUCAAUUUAGGCGGUUUGGAGCGCAUUUCUUCAUCACUGGGUGAAGCCUUUAUGGAUGCCGGAGGGUGGAUAGGACCUGGCGUGGUUUUGCUGCAAGCAGGGCACACAGUCUAUGUCAGCAUGAGAGCAAGACUAUGGAAGUGCAGUUCAGAGCAACUGAGAGCGGCCACUCACUAUGAGUCGUUGGGAGCGUCUCUUUCAGAGUCAAGUAAGCUGCGAGACGUCCUGCAACAAGGCCGGCUGGUUCGCUGUGGAGCUGUAGAUGUAGCUGCUGAGGGCCCGCCUCCAGAUAUGCUGAAGACGAAUCUGUCCAAGAAACCAGACCAGACGUCAAAGUGGAGAGAGGCGCUGGUUUGCCUUCCAAUGGCAAACCGAGGAAGAACCAGCUCUAGGUUGUCCAACAGAACAGCCGAUGAGCCUCAAGUUGAGCCUGGUCCAAGGAGCGGUGCUUCCAGUAGAAAGCCAUCAGCAGCUCAGCCUAAUGAAGAUGCAGUUUCAGAAGCUUCUUCCUCUGCCGACAGCACAGCCGGCAGAGUCAAGAGACAAGUGAGCGAGAUAGAUUCAAAGGAGUCGGCGCGAUUGGAGAAAGAAGCCUUGCGCGAGCUUCGCAGAUGCCACGCAAGUCAGAGCCAGCUGGGCCAUCAAGCAGCGGUGGCUCUCUCAGUUCCACAUGUUCAACCACCGGUUGCUGAAUCUGCAGAAGAUCAUGCCUCCGCGGGCAUGCGAGAAGAGGUUGACGGGUCGGCAGACACUGGUCUUGGAGGUGAUGAGGCUUUGUUGUCUUUGGCACUGAAGGCAGAUCAGAGCUCAAAAUGUGUGUUGGCCAAGGCAGCAAGGCCAAAGAACAGUGAGUUCAACAUGAAGCAGGCCACUCCUGAAGACGUAGAGGGGUUCAGAAAGUCGGACCUAGCGGAAUGGGCUUCCAUAGUGCGUUUUGGAGCUGUGGAAGUGUUGAACAAGGAGGCCGCAGACCUUGUUAGAAAAAAGGAGCUUCACCGUAUCCUGGCAUCGUGCAUCGCGCGCAGGAAGAAACCCAUGCCCGGCAUCGGCAAUUUCAAGUACAAGUCUCGAUGGUGUGCUUUGGGUCACAGUGACCCUGACUCUGGAGCCACCGAAGAAUACCUUCCAGAACUUCUGAAGAGGCUGGAGGAAAGGUUCGUCUUUGGCAAGUGGGAGUAUGACACCGCUGAUUUCGCUGUCAGAACAGUGACUUUUCAGAAAUGUAAAGUCCUGAUGACACAGGAGAAAUACAUUGUGGAGAAGCUGCACCAACUCAAAGUACCAAGGGGCUUGUUGAGUCAGAAAGACAAGCUCCUGUGCCCAGAUCUGUUUGAAGAGUACAGGUCAAUGCUUUUCAAGGUCUUCUGGCAUGCGCAUCAGACGCGUCCUGAAGCAGGCAGGCAUAGUGAGUCUGCUGUCCUUGUGCUUGAAUGCGUUGCGGGUAAACCUGUUAGAGAAGAAGAUCCCAAUGGGGAAUUGGAGGACACGGUUCAAGGUGCUUGGGUCAUCCUAGCAGCUGACAAGAUGCCAUCUGCCUCUCAUCGAACCAAGGUGCCAAUUCUCUCAUGGCGCUCUUCCAAACUCAAGCGUCGAGUGUCUUCAACCCUGGCAGGAGAAGCAUUGGCCUUCAGCCAAGCCAUGGCGGGAGUAGAAGUGUUGCGAGAAGAGUGCGAGCUCAAAGAGAGACUAGAGCAGUGCAGCGUCACCGAUGCCAAGUCUUUGUUUGAUGCAAUUAGCAACGAGAACUCCAGUUCCAAGCAAGACAGGAGAACAGCCAUCGAACUGGCCAUCAUCCUGGAGAACUUGCGUAGGUCAAAAAGCUCAGCGCGUUGGUCUCCACAUCCGCGGAUGGUAGCAGAUGUUCUCACCAAAGACAACAUAGCCAAGUCCAAUGGAGCUCUUGAAGAGUUGCUGAGAACUUCUAGACUGGCUCUAUGGGACGAAAGUGAAGAACUGCAGUUGCGGCAGAGUGAUCCAUCAAAGAAGCUGCGCUCACGGAAGGCAGCUGAGCGAAUGAGAGCAAGUAGCCAACAGUUACUUUCCUUCAGCUGCUUAGUCAACUUGAACUUUGGGGAGCUGAUGAGCAUUUUCCACCAAGUGCAUGUGUUUUACCUAGCAUGUGUUGGCUAA